AUGGCGAACCCCGGCGGCGGCACGUUGUCGGAGUCGACCCUAAUCCCAACGCUCGUAGGCGCACUCGAGGGCUCAAUAUCCGUCCUCCUCACCCUCUUCUCAGGUUUUGUCAUGGCUAAAAUCGGGUACCUGGACCACAAGAGCGUCAGGCACAUUACCAAGCUGUGCACGAACCUCUUCCUCCCCUGCCUCAUCAUCGAGGCAAUGGGACCCGACCUCACCUUGACGCACCUCUCCAAAGACUGGAUCAUCCCCAUAUGGGGUCUUGCAUCCACCCUCCUUGCGCAUGCGAUCGGUUACGUCGGCCACCGCGUGAUGAAGCUCCCGUACUGGACCAUCGCGGCCUGCGGCCGUCCGAACUCGAACGUCCUCCCGCUCCUCCUCCUGCAGUCUCUCGAUAGCUCAGGCGUGCUCGGCGCCAUCUCGCGCGACGGCGAGGGCUCCUCUACGCUGCUCCGCCGCGCAAAGAGCCUCAUCCUGCUCAACGCCGUCGUCCAGCAGACCUUCACCUUCCAGCUCGUGCCAGGCAUAAUCGCGCGUGACAAGCCGGUCGACGAAGACGCCGUAGAGCGCCAGGGCGGCGGGCAGGACAGGUUGCGCCCGGGCCCCGGACGGAUCAAUCCUGCUCUGCACAACGCUGAGCGCGUCGGGCUGCUUGAUGACAUCGACCACCACCCCGAGGACUCGGACGACUCGGAGCGCACGCGGACUGGAGACGCGUACAGGCACGCGCUCGACGGCAUCGCAGACCGACCGGACUACCAUUGGCCUCAUCGCCUCCAAUUUCUUGAAAAUCCAGUCAAAAAUGUCGCGAAGCACGUCAGCCCAGUGCUUCUCAGUGCUGUUGUAGCGUUCAUCAUCGGGGCCACCCCGCCCUUGCACCACGCUAUCCUUGAUGGAGACGGCGUACUGUAUUCCAGCCUCACGCAAAGUGUUAUCAACCUCGGCGAGCUCUUCGUCGCGCUCCAAGCGUUCACCGUCGGCGCCGAGCUCGCUCUCGUAAAGUCGUCGGAUCCCGGCAAGCUCCCUACCGUGUGGGUGCUCUUUGUGCGGUUCAUUGUCAUGCCCGGCUUGGCACUCCUCUUCGUCUUCCUGUCUGCCGGGCGCGGGCUGUACGUGGACGAUCGCCUGGUAUGGUUCUUACUCGUCUUGAUCCCAGCGGGGCCUUCUGCUAUGUUGCUCGUCAGCGUCGCAGAGCUCGUGAACGUCGACCAGGGAGAGAUUGCAGGGUAUCUCACCGUUUCUUAUUUAUUCUCGCCGCUGAUGGCCUUGGUGUGUUCCUCCGGCCUGUCUGUAGUGGCAACCGUAGCCAAACGUGUCCCUGGAAUGUGAGAUAUUCGGGGCUUGUGUCCGCGCCGCUUUCAUUUUGCUUUUGGUGAGGUUUUGCUUUUCGAUGAGAAGGGUUUCGGAACGGGUCCGUUGCAUUUUGCAGGGACGAUGCCCGAUGAUGUAUUAAGACCAUGGGAUUGAAGACAAAUACGUUAUAAC